GUCCACUCCAUUUCACCGUUCGUGAAGGAUUUAGGAGACCAGUUUGAAACUUGAAUAGAGGCUUUGAUAGGCUCCCAUCUCCGCGGCGACUCACUCUGACGCUCAUUACCAUCGUGAAUUUCCUCGGAGUCUACUUCACAAUCCGAUCAGUGAACCCACAAAACCUACUUCAAUUCCUCAAAUCCAAGCUCCACCACCACUCUGAUUACCGCCAUUAUGAUCUCCGCUCUUCAGCUGGGCCGCGACGGUGGAUUCUUUCUGACACGAUCACACAACUUUCGAGUGGAUGGCCCGCAGUCUCGCCAACACCAACAGGCUUUCCGACCUCACCAUCCAUUUCACGGCUCCAAACCCUUGUCCUUGCAGUGAAGGUUUGAUCAGCUCAAACAGGCAAACGUCUUCUGUCUCCAACUCCUUGUCGUCUGUGAAAGCACCCCAUCCUAGUCCCAGAUUCAAGCCACCACGGUCCCUCCAAGAGAAUCGAAUCACCCACUCUCCUCCUCUGCUGCUGUUGGAAUCUCUCACCUUCAUCUGGCUGCAAUUCGGGCUCAGAUACUUGUUGGCAAACUCACCCGGUUGUAGUGCUGCACAAUCAGCAUGAAUGAAGGAUUCUUAAGCUUGAGGUUCAUUGCAGCUAAGAUCGCCCUCUCCCCUGAUGGAGUAGCCUUCUUGCAUAUCUUUUCAAAGCUCCUGCCCACUAUGGGCUCAAUUAUAUCCCCUGAUCUCCCCUCUUCAUGCUCAUCUUUCACAAAUUCACAAAUUUGUACAUUAUAAAGUCUCAUGCUUUGACUGUCAUACCAAGAAAGAAGCAAACUUGAAGGUAGUGGGUAAAAGAUCUUACUUGGUUUGGAGCCAUGAUGAUUUCUUGGCCUCCUCACAGGAUCACCAGUUGGGUACUCGAUUUCACAGCUGCUUGGAUCAUAGAUCCGGACAUGGAAGUUGGAGCUCCCUUUGUACUUGAACACCAACAAAUAGGCAUGGCUGAUUGAGUAGUGAGCUGUGAACUCAGACCAACCACGGCCCAGCAUCUUCAUCCUAUCGCUCUUUCUCUUUACAAUCUCCAUCUUCCAGGUUCGCCCAUCGGGAAGGCUGAAAGUUGCAAACCUGUCAAGCUCACCUUCGUGUUGCCUCACAAACUUCAUCGGCAGAAGCUGCCAUUACGUAAGAAAAAUAAGAAACGACUCAAAGUGAGUUCACAUACAGCAAACUGCAGAUCUAAGAAAGAUGAGCAAACAGAGAAGAAGGCAAUGCAGAAGAAGAAAGCAAGUAGGUUGCUUGCUUACCAACUUCUUCUCAUCAAUGGCAGAUUGAAGAACGAUUUUGAAGAAAGAUGGAGAACCCAUUGUUGUUCUGCCCUACACUACUUGAUUCUUUCACUUCUCGAUAGCACUUUUGCUUAGGUUUUCUCUGCUGGUUCUUUCAAGAAUGGAGUACCAGCAGUCUGUUUUGAAUGGUAUUCUUAUCAUGUGCCUUACUUGCCAUGUUUGGUUAAAGGAGAGUCCCAGAGAGAAUUGAAGAUGCAAUGGACGUUUGUGACACUUUCAGGAAUGAAGAUGGGGACCUUAAGCUGUAUUGCUUUAUGACUUUGUCAAAAUCAAAAUGUACCUCGAAAUAGAAACUGUACAAACAGAGUGCGCUACCACUUAAUGUGGAAUAUGGAAUCUAUUGCAACAUAAAUUAUAUCAUAUUUUUCCAGC